AUGGAUUCUCAUUCAUAUAACAAUGAAACAGCAAUUAAAAAAUGGGGUCUCGUAACAGUAAGACCUCCUGCUCAUUAAAUGAAUGGUACAUCUAAAAUAAUUAUAUAUUAGACAGAUCAAUAGUAUCUAAUGUUCCAGAUCUGGCUGUACCUGACAAUUAGAUUACAACAUCAAAGUAUUCCUCGAUAAUUACUUUUAUACCAUUAAAUUUGAUGGAGUAAUUUUCAAAGUUAGCAAAUGUUUACUUUUUGAUUAUUGCAAUAAUGCAGAUGAUUUCAACAAUUAGCAUAACAAAUGGCUAACCUGUGAUUAUGGGUCCAUUAUCAAUAGUUGUUUGCAUUUCAAUGAUUAAAGAUUUUAUCGAAGAUUAUCAGAGAAGGAGAUCAGAUGAAGCUGAAAAUGCUCGUAAAACAUAUUUAAUUCGAACAAAUGAACCUCCAAGAGAAGCUUAAUGGAGAGAGUUAAGAAUAGGAGAUUUAAUUAAAGUUUAAAAAGAUGAAUAAAUACCUGCAGAUAUCUUAUUAAUGUAGACAUCAGAUAAAAAAGGAAAUGCAUUUAUUGAAACUAAAAAUUUAGAUGGUGAAACUAAUUUGAAAUGUAAAAAUAUUCAAAAAAAUCUAAAAUAACUGUAAGAACAAAGCGAAGAUUCAUUAUUGGCUUUGAGAAUGACUAUAAAAUAUGAAAGACCAAAUCCGUAUUUGUAUUAAUUCACUGGAUCUGCUGAAAUCAAUAAUUAAUAAAUUCCUUUAAGCGAGAAGAAUUUCAUAUUACGAGGUUGUGUUUUAAGAAAUGUAAAUUUUAUAUAUGGUGUGGUUUGUUACAAUGGUCAUGAUUCAAAGAUUAUGCUUAAUUCAGUAAAGGCAAUACCAAAGAGAAGUCAUUUAGAGAGAACAAUGAAUUUGUUCAUAAUAGUAAUAUUUUUAUUAUAAGUAAAAAUACAGUAUAAUAAGUUUUUAGAUGAUUAUGUGUUGCUUUGGUGGAUUUUUAAAUUCUUAAUGGCAAUAGAUUCAUAAUUCUGAAUUAUCAUAUUUAGAUAUAUUAAAUACAGAUCCUGAACAUAAUUUUGUGAAAAAUUUAUUUGUAAGUAUUAAAAAUAAAAUUUUAGAUAAAAUGGGGGAAUUGGAUUUUGAUUUUUACAAAUUUUGUUCCAAUAUCAUUGCUUGUUUCUUUAGAGAUGGUAAAAUAUUUUUAAGGAAUGUUGAUAACAAUAGAUUAAGGUACAUACUCAGCUGAAUAUGACAUAAAGACAACAGUAUAGUCUUCAAAUUUGAAUGAAGAACUUGGUUAGGUUGAUUACAUAUUUUCAGAUAAGACAGGAACAUUGACAAAGAAUUAGAUGGAUUUCAAAUGUUUAACAGUGAAUAAGAAAUCAUAUGGAAAGGAAGUAACAUUAAAUAAUGAAGAAAUAUCAAAAUUGGCAUAAGUAACGAAUGUAGAUUUCAGAGAUAAAGCAUUCUUUAAUGAUUUAAAUUAAACUCCAGGAAAGGGACCAUUACACGAAUUUUUAUUAUGUUUAUCUUUAUGUCACACAAUAGUAACUGAGAAUAAAAAUGGUUAAUUACUUUAUUAAGCAUCAUCUCCAGAUGAAUUAGCACUAGUAAAUUUUGCUAGAUUUUGUGGAUAUACAUUUGAAGGUUUGGAUGCUUCAAAUAGCAUGGUUGUCAAUAUAAAAGGUGACAAUAAAAUUUAUUAAUUGUUACAUGUAUUGGAAUUCAACAGUACUAGAAAGAGGGUUUCAGUAAUUGUUUAAGACUAAUAAAAUUAAAUCAUAUUAUAUACAAAGGGUGCUGAUUCAGUGAUUGAACCUUUAAUGAAACCAGUUGUACCUUAACUUAAAGAGAAGACAUGGAAUGAUUUAUAAGAAUUUGCAUCCAUUGGUUUAAGAACUCUUUUGCUGACAAGGAGAAUUCUACCUUUAUAAACUUAUAAAGAUUGGGAAAAGACUUAUUUAUAAGCAUGUUCUGCUAUAUAAAACAGAGAUAAUUUAAUGAUGGAAGCUUAAGCUAAAAUAGAAUAAGAACUAGAACUUAUAGGAGGUACAGCAAUUGAAGAUAAGUUACAAGAAGAUGUUGGCCCUACUAUUUAAUAUUUAAAAGAUGCAGGCAUUAAAGUAUGGGUACUUACAGGAGAUAAAAUAGAAACAGCAAUAAAUAUUGGUUAUUCUUGUUAAUUAUUAAAUGACUCAUUAUAGUAAAUAAUAGUUGAUGCAAAUAAUGAGUAAAGUGUUAAUAAUGAAUUAGAAAAGGCUCUUUAAAAAAGUUAAAAUAAUAAUAAGAAUGCAUUAGUAAUAUCUGGCAAUGCUUUGAUAAUAGCAAUGAAACCAGAAUAUUCAAGAAAAGUAAUGGAAAUAGCUGAAAGAUGUGAAGCUGUUGUAGCUUGUAGAGUUUCACCAAAAUAAAAAUAAGAAGUAGUUUCAUUAGUUAGAAGCAAUAAACCUAAUGUUACUACUUUAGCUAUAGGAGAUGGUGCAAAUGAUGUUAAUAUGAUUACAGCUGCUCAUAUUGGAAUUGGAAUCAAAGGAGUAGAAGGAUAAUAAGCUGCUAGAGCUUCUGAUUAUGCUGUUGGGGAAUUCAGAAUACUUAAAAGAUUGACACUUUAUCAUGGUAGAGAAAGCUAUAGAAAAAAUUCAACUCUUGUUAAUUACAAUUUCUAUAAAAAUAUGCUUUUAGUCUUACCCUAAUAUUGGUGGGCCUUAAACAAUGGGUUUUCAGCUGUUAUGUUUUAUGAUUAGUUGCUUUAUUAAAGCUACAAUUUAUUUUUUACUAGUCUUCCUAUUGUUUUGUAUGCCAUUUUCGAUGAAGAAUUCUCGGGAGAUAUUCUAAGUUCAAGUAAACAUAUCUUUCAAUAAUAGAUCCUAGUCUUUAUGAUAUUGGUAUCAAACACAAACUCUUUAAUGUUAAAAUAUUUUUAUUUUGGAUUAUUAAUGGCACAAUCUAAGCUGGCAUUUUGUCAUACUUAACAUUUCAAACUUUUGAAGCGUCCUCUAUAUAUAACGGAAUGAUGGCUGGCUUAUGGACUACUGGUGCCAUUGUUUUAGGCUAUUCAGUAUUAAAUAGUAACAUUAAAGUAACCAAUACUAUUUCCACAUUAGAUUAUCUUAUUUAGUAAUACUUAUUCUAUAGGAGUCGUCUUUGCGCUUUUAGGAUCUGUACUCUUUUAUCUCUUUUUAUUUUUCAUCGUUUCAGAAAAAAUGCCUAAAUCUGAUAUGUCAAACAGUCAAGGUGCCACUUUCAUUCAUUUCAGAUUUUACUUCAUUUCACUCCUUGUCGUUGGAGCUACCUCCAUUUUAGAUUUAGCUCUUACUAAAUUUACUUAGUGGUCUUAGUAUGCUUAAAUUGGAAUCUAACAUGAUAAAGUUUUUAUGCUAAUUUAAAAAUAGCACAUUGAAUUACAAGAUGAACAAUAAAUGCAUUAACCAUCACCUAAUACGCAAUUUUAAUUGAAUAACUCCUAAGUUCCAAAAAGUCCAAUCAAACGAGGUUACACUGGUUUUGCAUUUUCUUAAGAGGAACAUUGA